AUGAGAAGAGCAGCAGUCUCACGUCACCUAAGCUCACUCUCUUCUUCUCAGUCUCAUCACCUCAACGUUCCUGUUUGCUUUACCGCCAACAUCUCCCACACUCAAACCCCAAAACAAUCCCUUCUUGACCUCAUCAAAUCAUGCGCCAGAAGAUCACAUUUGCUCCAAAUCCACGCCCACAUUGUCCGAACAUCACUUGUUCUGGAACCCAUCAUUUGCCUCCAGUUCUUGUCCCUCGUUGCACUUUCACCACUGAAGAGCAUCUCCUAUUCCCGCCGAUUCUUCGAUCAGAUAGCAAAGCCGACUGCUUUUCAGUACAACACCAUUGUAAGAGCCUACUCAAUCAGUGAUUCACCAGAGGAGGGGUUUUCUAUGUACCGAGAUUUGCUACGGCGGGGCCUCCGUGCCGACGCCUUGGCAUCGUCUUUUGUGAUCAAAUCUUGCAUUAGAGUUUCGUCGUUGCUAGGAGGGAUUCAGGUGCAUGCUAGGAUUUUGAGAGAUGGCCAUGAAUCCGACAGUCGUUUGCUCACUACUUUGAUGGACUUGUAUUCAAUUUGUGGCAAGUGUGAUGAAGCAUGCAAGUUGUUCGAUGAGAUGCCUAAGAGAGAUGUUGUUGCUUGGAACGUGUUGAUUUCUUGUUGUUUACAUAAUAACCGGACGAGGGAUGCUGUGAGCUUGUUCGAUAUAAUGCGGAGUGAAACUCAUAGAUGUGAACCCGAUGAAGUUACGUGUUUACUUAUGCUCCAAGCUUGUUCCAACUUGAACGCGUUGGAGUUCGGCGAACGGGUUCAUAAGUACAUUGAAGAACAUGGUUAUGAUGGUGCUUCAAAUCUGUGUAACUCUCUAAUAGCGAUGUAUUCACGGUGUGGGUGUUUGGAUAAGGCUUAUGAGGUGUUUAAGGGAAUGAAGGAUAAAAAUGUGGUUUCGUGGAGUGCAAUGAUUUCUGGGUUGGCAGUGAAUGGGUAUGGUAGAGAAGCUAUUAAAGCAUUCGGAGAGAUGCAGAAAAUGGGUGUUUUACCAGAUGAUCAGACUUUUACUGGAGUUCUUUGUGCUUGCAGUCAUUGCGGUUUGGUUGAUGAAGGAAUGGUGUUUUUUGAUCGUAUGAGCAAGGAUUUUGGGGUAGUGCCUAAUAUCCAUCACUAUGGAUGCCUGGUUGAUCUUUUGGGUCGUGCUGGUCGACUUGAUCAGGCCUAUCAGCUCAUACUGUCAAUGGAUAUCAAACCGGAUUCGACAAUAUGGAGGACCUUACUUGGAGGUUGCAGAAUUCAUGGCCAUGAUGCCCUUGCGGAAUGUGUUAUAGGUCAUUUGAUUGAACUCAAGGCUCAAGAGGCAGGGGAUUAUGUUCUGUUGAUGAGUAUUUACUCUUCAGCUGGGAACUGGGAGAAGCUAACAGAAGUGAGGAAAUUUAUGAAGGAAAAAGCAAUUCAAACUACACCUGGCUGUAGCACAAUUGAAUUGAAAGGAGUAGCACACGAGUUUGUUGUGGAUGAUGUUUCGCACCCAAGGAAGGAUGAAAUCUACAAGAUGCUGGAUGAGAUUAAUGGCCAGCUGAAGAUUGCUGGUUAUGUUGCAGAUGUAUCAUCUGAAUUGCACAACUUGGGGACAGAAGAAAAGGGGCAUGCACUCUCCUAUCACAGCGAGAAAUUAGCUAUUGCUUUCGGUGUCCUAGCAACUCCACCUGGCACGCCAAUCAGAGUGGCCAAGAAUCUUCGGAUAUGUGUUGAUUGCCAUAAUUUUGCAAUGGCUCUCUCAGGGGUUUAUAACAGAGAGGUAAUUAUACGAGACCGCACCCGGUUUCAUCAUUUCCGGGAGGGGCGCUGCUCGUGCAAUGGCUAUUGGUAG